AUGGUGGAAUAUCAUGCUCAUGCCAAUUCCGAAAUGCCAGCUCAUCGAAGUCCUGCGACAACGCAGCAAGGAUUUGGUCUUGAUGAGCUGGCUGAACGGUACGGGCUCAAUGACCUGAUGGAUUUCACAGACAACAACACACACCGCAACCAGGGUAUCAAUGAGGAGUUCGCGGCCUACUUUACGGCACCGCUUUCUGAGAAAGGGACGGACAUUCUGAAGUUCUGGGAAAUCCAUGAAUCAAGUUUCCCGACUCUUUUCGCAAUAGCGCUUGACUACCUUCUCAUCCAAGCCUUGGCAGUACCUUGUGAGCGCGUUUUUUCAUCAAGUGCAGAGACAGAUACGAAGUGA